CAAAACGGUACUUACUAGUCUAAUCUGAUUAUCCACAAAAAAACAAAAUUGUAAAUUCUUUUUGUUUCAAAAAAGAAAAAUCUUUUAAAAUCCCUCCGCCGCGUCAGAUUGACUGAAAAACGCUUGGCAGCUGCCGUCAGUCCCGGCAGCCUCUCUUUCCGCCACUAUAUUUUAUUCGUCUUCUUCUUCUUCUUCUUUGAUCUUCUUCGCUUCCAUCACACUUCACACACACUCACACACUCAUACCACUUUCUAGAACACCAAACCCAAACUUUCUCUACAUUGUCAUACACAGAUUCACGUUGAUUGCGUGUUGUCCGCCAUUUUUUUGGUUCGUCCGAUCCAACUUCGGGUUCCGUGAUUCACCCUCUGAACUACAAAUUCUACUGUUUUGUGGCUCCUUAAACCCUAAAUUAAUGGUUUUGUUCGCCGGCGCAUCGAUUCCGGUGCUGUUAUCGACAUCAUCGUCGUCGUUACUCCCGAAGUUCGCCGAUUUGUAAUUGGCUUUGAGGAGUGAGUGAGUUUGAAGGAAAUGAUUUCGAAUAUGAAAUGGGCAGCAUUGGGCGUGCUCGUGUUGUCGUGUUUUUCGUUGAUGGUGCAUUUGUUUCUUGCAAAGUCCAGCGCGAAUUUAGUACAGUAUCAUGCCAUUACUGCCUUCACAGAUGAUUUGGGCUAUGCCGCUGGGAGUAAGGGUUCGGUGAACAAGAAGUUGUGGGGGAAGGUGCAGGCAUUGGAAGGACUGCAUCCCUAUGCGAAUCCAAGAAGCGCUUUUCCUGAUCCAAAUAAGCAGAACAAUGGUUUCAUUUAUGCAAAAAUAUUUGGUGGUUUUGAGAAGAUUAGGACUUCGAUCUGUGAUCUCGUAGCUGUAGCAAGGCUUCUAAAUGCUACACUUAUUGUUCCCGAAAUUCAAGAAAGCAUUCGAUCCACUGGAAUCAGUUUUCAGUUCAAGAGCUUUUCAUAUAUGUACAAUGAACAACAGUUCAUAUCAGCAUUAGCAAACGAUGUCAUCAUUUUAAAGCAGCUUCCCCCAAAUCUCUCGGAGGCCAGAAAGCAGAAAAAGUUUCCAACCUUCAGGCCUCAACAUUCAGCUCCACCUGAAUUUUACAUGACCAAUGUAUUAUCCAAGUUGAAAGAAUCCAAGGUUGUUGGGCUUAUACUAACAGAUGGAGGAUGCCUAGAGUCCAUUCUUCCACAAAGAUUGGUUGAAGUUCAGAGGCUCAGAUGCCGUGUUGCUUUUCAUGCUCUGCAGUUUCGUUCUGAAAUUAUUACACUUGGGCGCCUGAUGGUGGAAAGGUUACGGGCUUCAGGCCAACCUUACCUUGCUUAUCAUCCUGGGCUGAGGAGAGAUACCCUGGCAUAUCAUGGUUGUGCUGAACUCUUUCAGGAUAUUCAUUCUGAAUUAAUACAAUAUCGACGAAAGCAGUUGAUCAAACAAGGGAUCAUUAGUGAAGAAUUAGAUGUUGACUCAUUUGCUCGGAAAGGAAAUGGUUCAUGCCCACUUAUGCCAGAAGAGGUUGGAAUUCUUCUUCGAACAAUGGGUUAUCCUCCUAGAACCAGAAUCUUUCUUGCUGGUUCUGAAACCUUCGGUGGUCAAAGAGUGGUGAUUCCUCUGCGGGCCAUGUUUCCCAAUGUGGUUGACCGGACUUCUUUGUGCAGCAGAGAAGAGCUAGCAAAUUUAGUCGGCCCAGAAGUUCCUCUUCCACCAGAUCCACUAGAAAGUUUACCUGUGAAGAGUGUUAAGCAACAGAAAGAAGAAUGGGACAAGGCUGGUCCUCGUCCCAGGCCCCUUCCUCCACCUCCUGAUCGACCAAUUUAUCGACAUGAGAAAGAAGGUUGGUACGGCUGGGUUGGUGAAAAUGAUACCGAACCAAAUCCUUCACCUUCUCAUAUAAGAGAGCAGGCACAUCGGUUGUUAUGGGAUGCUCUUGAUUAUGUCGUUUCUUUGGAAGCUGAUGCCUUUUUUCCUGGUUUUGACAAUGAUGGUAGUAAUUGGCCUGAUUUUUCUAGCUUGGUCAUGGGACACCGGCUUUAUGAGAUGGCUUCUUCCAGAACAUUUCGACCUGAUAGGAAACAUCUUGCUGAACUCUUGAACAGUACUAGCGACCGGCGUUAUUAUCCACCACAUAACUGGACUCUUGCUGUCAAAGAUCAUCUCAACAAAAGCCUAGUUGAGGGUCUAAACCUUCAAAAUCGUGUAUCCAAGCAGACAUCUUUUCUUUCUCAUCCAAUCCCAGAAUGUUCAUGUACAACUUUCAAGACUGCAGACAUUCAGCGGAAUGGGAAGGAUAAGAGUUUGCAGUCGCUAUAUGAAGGACAAGAUGAGUGCCCCAAGUGGAUGAAAGAAAGUCUAAUAAAAACUAAUGUCCAGGAGACUGAUACUGAAUCCCAAGAUGACGAGAUGGAUUCAGAGGGGCAGCUGGAUAAUGCAUACAACCAGACGAAUGAAAACACAUCGUCGGAAGCGGAUGAGGAAAUGGACCCUGAUGAUUAGGAAUACUUGUACAGAUAGCAUCUAAUUGUCAUGGUACAGAUCCUUGCUCUGGCUGUCUACUUCCUUGCACACAGCUGAAUUCAAAAGAUACAUUGAUUGUAGGCAGUGGAGCGGAGUGUUAAAAAGUAAGAACUCUCCUUGAUUUUGAGGAAUUUUUUUUGGAAGAAAAUACUAUUGAUUUUACAGUAGGAAAACUUUACACGUAUUCCAUGAGUAUAUCCGUCACCCUAGCUCAUUACACUCGGGUAUGCUUGAUUGACCGCGAUAAAAUUUUCUAAAAGUUGUAUUCAUGAGUAAUGUAACCAGGAUGAGGUCGAUUUUGACUCUUUCAUUUUAGAGAUUCAUUUAUAGCAGUUGUAUAUUAGUUCUUUGGCCACAUUAACAAUGUAACGCAACAACUCUCAUGUCGGUUUCUUUUAUUUUUGCAAAAUUCUAAAUUCUGAGAUUAUUCGUCUUCAUCAAAUACAAGUUUUGGUCUUCUACAUUAACAUUUAG